AUGGCUGGCAUGGUUCCACUCUUCACAGUGCUUGGAGUUUUGACCUUGGCAGCUUGGAAUUUCUAUUUGACAGCGGUCGGCUUUUUCGCUCUGUGGUUCCCUGGCUACCAAUGGCCUUUUGUAGCCUCCAUGACCUACCAGGCUAUGAACGUGAUUGGUACCUCAGCCAUGGUGAAGAUUGGGCAGCGGGUGCCUUUUCGACCGGCCUAUGUAUUUUCCUUGACAUUGCAGAUGAUUAUGAUCCUGGUCUUGCCCAUGUUGGCUUUCUGGUCUCCAGAGAAGGUUGAUGGCGAAGACAUUACUCCAUCUACUUGGGGCUUUGCUUUCGCUCUCACGUGCUGUGCUGUGAUGGGCCUGGCGGAGAGUUGCUUUACUUCUCUUAUUUGCGGAUUGGCUGGUUCCAUGGGAGAUCCCAAGUUGAUGGGCGCAAUCAUGGCCGGUCAAGGAAUUGUCGGCGUGGUUUGUCCAGUGCUGAUGCUCUCCCUCAAGUUCCUGUCUGGAGACCCUAUGCAGUGGAAAUAUCAGGUGGUUUUCGGCUUCUUUGGCUUCUGCGCAGCGUUGCAGUUGUUGGGGCUCUUUCUGGUGCGGUUUGUUCCUGCUUCUCAUCAGGAUACCCGACAACCAGAAGCCAACAUGGUUGAUGUGAUUCGCUCCUUCACUGGGUCAUUUACGGUGGAUUCGGCCCGUUUGCUUCACACGCCGAGAAACGUCAAAGAGGUAUUGAAGGAUGUUAUGCCACAGCUCGUCAACGUUUCGAUGAUCUUCGUGGUGACCUUCGUGGUGUUUCCUGGUGUUGCCGCAUCAUGGGCUCCGCAGCUGGAAUUUUUCACCAGCAAAGGCAAACUGGGUCAGGACUGGUACACCACAUUGGUGGUUGGCAUCUUUCAGAUCUUUGACGUAGUUGGUCGAUCUACACCACAGGCCUUACAGAAGAUGGGCGUGACACCUUCUCGGCUCUCCAUCCCCGUGUGGAUCCGAUGUCUCUUCAUCCCCGCUUUUAUGCUGCUGCAGAGGCAUCCGAACUCUUUGCCAGCUCCGUGGCAGGACUACUUGUCCUUCCUGACCAUGGCCUUGUUUGCAGCCUCCAAUGGCUGGUGCAGCACAUUGGCCAUGAUCUACGGACCACAACAGGUGCAGCAUCCGGACGAGCAGCAUCGCGCUGGGGUCAUAAUGGAGCUCGGCCUUAUCAUCGGAAUCUUCGCAGGUUCAGUCCUCGCUCUGCUGACACAAUUCGGUGUGUAG